ACAUCACUAGAAGAACUUAUCUCAAAGGAGAAGAUCCCCUCAUUGUGCCAUGACCUUGCUGCUCAACUUGAGAGCCUCAUUCGGGCGCAGAACAGCAUCCCACUAAUCAAAUCGGUGGCAGUCGCUAAGUGUGUCUCUGACACAGUUUUGCUUAACCUUGCAAGGAGGGAAAACCAAGUGGGGAAACCCUUCUCCUCCAAACUCAUCUACAUGUUCGCUGAGGAAUUAGUGAAGCAAUUGCUGCUUCCUUUGAUCUUCCCUCCUUCAUUGUGGGGCUUGGAUCAGGAAGUCUCCCUUUACGAUGUUCCGUCGAGCACAUCUAGUCACCGCAGCUCAAGUUCCACUACUUCUCGAGUGACUGUACUUGAUGGUAGUAGCUCUCUGGUGUCUUCUAGUUCUUCGCAGAUUUACGAUGACACAGUGAAUCUGUUCACAAGCGCGAUCUGCCACCAAGUGAUGGACAACAUUUCUGGAGCCUCUAGUCACACAGUGGAGGACAACAUCCAUGACAGAGAGGCAUCCAUCAUUGCUACUGGGUCUGUGGAGCGGGCCCAGAGUGAUUCCAAUUCUCUUCAGGCUGUGAAACAAGGCAAAUGGAUGUUCAGAUUCCUCCCAAAGAUUUCCAAGUUCAGACUCAACCUCAAGUGCUUCAGGCAGCGCAACAAAAAGGAGGUACAGCCCUCAGAGGAAUUCCAGGACCAGAUUAAGGUUCCCCGGGAAGAGGACCAUUGCAUACCACCCAACAUAGUGCCAAAGGCUGUCAUGGCUCCACUUCAAGAGAGUUGUCUCUCCACUUCUCAACCCAAGGAGAAGAAACACAAACCCUCAAUCUUUGUCAGGAUGUUCUCGGCCAUCAACAGAGGCUUUUGGAGCACCUUAAAAUGUUAAUCUAACAAGUAACAAUUGUUAAAACAAGUAACAGCACUUAAUUAAGAAAAUAAAGAUUUACUGCAUUCAA